UUCUUUAUUUAUUCUUGAUACUGCAGGUCUUAUUUGUUCUUCCUGCAGGGGAUGCCCUUCAACAUAGAUGAGGAUGUAGAAAUAGGGCCAACACCUGGUCAUACAGGAAAUGAUGUGUCGGUGGUGGUGAAGAAGGCUAAUCUUGGAGUAUUAGCAGGGGUUGGUUGGUUGUUUUUUUGUUGUUGUUAGGUGGUGUAAGAAAAGUACAACCUUUUGCUUGACACAGAAAAUCAUGUUGAAGGAUUGUACUAUCCAGCUUUAAAAAGUAUGGUUAAAGUUCCCUUUCCAAUCUUGCAAUCAAACGCAAGAUGAUGUAAAGGUCAUAUGUUUCUGUGGCCCCCUGGUUCGGAAGCCAAGGGCUUUACUGUUCAGCCAUUGGGCCUCUUGUUUAUUUUCAAACUGAUGUUUAAUGUUUUUUCAAUUUUGUGUUUCACAGGGGAUUUAUUUUAUUGUGAAGGUGACCUUUUCUCCCCCUCCCUUUGGCUAAAAAAAGUGAGCGACCACAUCUCCAGGUGCAAUCAAGAUAUACCAUAUUGGAGAUGACUGACUUUAUCAUACCAGGACAUGGACCUACGUUUAAGGCUAUAAAAGUCAGAGGAUCUUGGACGAACAUGAGGAACACAUCAGCUCUCCACAGUUGACAACAUCCACUUCAGAAUAAUCAAGAAUGUAGUUGUAUUUUAAUCCAGAAUGCUUUACUAAGCCACCUCUUAACAUCUUUAUGUUUCCUAUAGUGGAUGAAAAAUUAUACUGGACGAAAGGAACUGCUGAAAUAGAUGAAGGAAACAGAGGCGAUGGAAACGAGGUUGAACUAGAGGAGCAAAAAAGAACUAAAGAAAACUUUAGGAAGAGAAUGCGUGAAGAAAAGGAACUGGAUAUAACAGCUGACAAUCUGGUCAAGUCUCUAGAAAGUUCAUUGAAAGAAAAAGAGCAUGAGGUGAAACAGGAGCAGCAGAGAAACAGAGAGCUGGAUGCCAAAUUUAAGAAUCUACUCCAGGAGAAAGAAAGUAUUGAAGCUCAGCUUCAAAAAAUACUUGAUAAUCAUUACACAGAGAAGUCAGAGUUGAGUUCUAAGAUUAAAAGUCUUCAAGAAGAGAAAAAAAAACUCAAAGAUGUCAAAGAGCAAAACAAACAAUGUGAACAUUUGAGCGACUCUGACAGCACUGAAGUAGAUCUAGACAGUUCAAUUUUCCUGCAGGAAGACGUGGGAUGGCAGCCAAUAGACCAUGAACAACCUAGCAGCCAUUCCGUAAAAAAGGUUCAAGACCAGAAAAACAAGUGGUACUUAGAAAAAACUCAAGCUAGGGGUGAAGAGAACUUGAGAAACACAAGCAAUGAAGUUAGUAACCUAAAGUCAAGGUUGAUAGAUGUGGAGCAUGAAAAAAUCAUGCUAGUGAAACAGCUGACACACAAUUUAGAUCAAAAUACAACUACAUAACCAGACAGAAAGACAAAGAAAUCCAGAGACUCAAAAGUGUACUGGAGCGCCAAAAUGAAAAAGAGUGAGUUUUCACAGCAUGACAGUUUUUUCUUAGAAGACUUUUCACAGUGUCAACUUUGUAUUGUGGCUUUCUUCAAUUGUCAUAAAGAUCAGUGAAUUCUGUUAAUUCUAGAUUUGAAAUUUUGUAACUUAAUACUGUGAUUAAAUACUGAAUUGUACCUCACCCUUGUUGCUUUUAUCUGUACAGCCAAUGAUUAUGAAUGUUAAGAAUUCCAGUUUUUUCAAAUUAUGAAUUGGGUACAGGCUGAGAAUAUUAUUUGAAUUAUGGCUUUAAAAACAAAAUAAUUAAAUUUUUAUUAUAACAAAAUGAGUUUGAUUGCACUAAAGUUUUCAACUAAAAUAAAGUAGUUAAACUAAAAUUUUAUCAUGAAUUUCAAAAUAUAGUUAACGAAACAAACUUUUCAUAACUUUUGUAUUGCAAAGUGGGGGUGGGGGGGUUGAAUUUGACCUAUAUAGGCCUAGAUAUAAUUAUUCAACUGUAUGCCUACAGUUCGAUCUUAUUCUUUUAACUUUGUACAAAUAUUUAUCCAUAAUAAAAUCAGUAAUAAGGAAAAUGUUUCUUACAUAAACAUUAAUGCACAAUAAAAUAAUGUUUAAAAUGCUAGCACAAUACAAAUGUCUAGAAUAAAAACAUAGAGCCCGGAAGCUCAAAAUUGGAACCAGUGAAAUCUGCCCAUGUGGAGUGUCACCAGAUAAUGCCGACCAUGUCCUCCAAAACUGCUCUCUUUACCAAGAGGCCCGUACUAGACACUGGCCCCAAAACACCUCAAUAGAAAGAAAACUAUACGGAAAGCUCCCUGAUUUGGAAACCACUGCGCAGUUCAUCUCAUGUAUUGGUUUAGUCGUCUGAACACUUUAACAUAAAAUGAGAACGAAGAAGAAGUAUAGAACCUACUGAUAACAUUUGUGUUAGUGGAGCCAGGAGUCUACAAGUUUCAUUACAGAUCUACUUGAUAAGACCAUAUACACUUUAAACACUUAUGUACAUUUGUACAUACACAUAUGUGAUUCAAUGUAGUUAAGACUGCCCAAAUUAAGCUUGUCGCAGUUAGUAAUGUUGUUGAGUAUAUUUGUAAAAAUGUACACUAUCAAAUAGCGCCACUUUCUUCUGUAGGCGAUGACGUCAUUCAUGGUAUUAAUAUUUUGUGCAACAUUUUAUUCCUUGUCCUAUUGUCAUGAGUGACGUAAUUUAUCAGCUCUUAUUUUGGGGGCAUUUUCGCCUUAUUGUAAUUGAUAGACAAGAUGUACUUUUUGAGGUCCUGAAUGAAUCUUGGUUUUAUACUACUGGUCAGCCUUACCAUAUUGCCUUGGAUUAAUUCUUGUUAGGACUAUUUGACCUCUGUUUAGGGUGAGUUGUAUUUUAUAUUGUAACGAUAUUCUUUAAACAGAUUUGUUCGUAUUUCUAGUUUUAGAGAUUGUCUGUAAUUUUAUAGGGUUUCAGUUAAUUAUUUCAUCGUUGAUUCAAUGCUGUGGGUUUUUGGUAUUACGGUGGACAUUGUCGUCGUCAUCUUUGUAUUGUUGGUCAGAAGUUAAUGACAGUUCUAGUAUGCUGCUAUCAUGAUUGAUGUCCGUUGGCAGUUUAUACAGAACUUAUUACAGAGACGAAUCUUUGGCAUACGAUAUGAAACUGUGAUGUUGAAGUCAGUGUUUUCAAGCAACAUAUUGGUGCUUACUUUAUUUAUGCUUUUUAAAGUUAUUACUUACAAUGAAUUUAUGACUUUUUAUCUUUAUAUUUAUUUGUGAAAAAUUAUCAUUCACAUUAUUCCUUUCGAUAUUAUUGUAUAAAUAUUAUUCUAUUAAAUUCAUAUUUUAUUUUAACUUAUCA